GAGAGAGGUAGGGAGGGAGGCUAACAGCCGGGGAGGGGGGGAGGGGGGGGUGUGACAUCUUUUGGUCUGUGCAGUGCUGUGGCUAAAUUAUGAGGCUCGUUCGAGAUGAGCCUGGUCUGGGCAGAAUUGAUCGCCGCCCAAUGCAAGACGGGUAGAUUUGUGUCCGACUUGAUCCUGACUCUGACGUAACCUCACCAGAUCAAGGCGGCAGCAGGUUUGACAGUCAGCUAACGCAGUUGCUUUCCACCGACUGCAAGACCCAGGGGCAUGCUGGGAAACGUCUGGCUCUCAGCUGAUCUAACAGCUGGUUGGUUCAGAAUCGACACAACAUGAUGAUGUUUUACAUUAUCUUUAUAGUUUUUGAAUUGGAGAGAUUUUAGUUGCCUGUUUGUCUGAUAGUGACGUUUAGAUUACUAAAUCUGUUCAGAUUACGGAUCACCUACAGUCUGGUUAUUAACAUCAGCAUUUUAACAGCUAAUCUUUCCAUUUUAUGGGUCUGCAACCCCUAAAGACUUAAGUUCUGGGUUCUUUACAUAGUUGGUAGUUCAUAUCACCCCACAGCAGCUUUUAGACAUGUUUCUGUUGUUUGCUAGCAGAUGGAAUAAAGAGGAGGAAAGAGAGAGAUGUUUUCUCCUCCGGUGGGGGUGGAUGUUGACCUUGUGAGAAUUAAGUCCUGUGAUAUCUCUGCAGUUCUAAAGGUAAAAGACCUGAUUGUGUUACCAGUGCACCCUGGAGAUGAUGUCAUUCUGCCAUGUCAGUCUAAUGAUUCCUCCAUCAGAGUUGUACAAUGGACCAGACCUGACCUGGAGCCAGAUACCGUCCUCUUAUACAGUGAUGGAUUCUUGUAUACAGACGACCAGCAUCCAUCCUUUAAGGACAGGGUGGAGCUGGUGGACAGAGAGCUGAAGGACGGGAACGUGUCUUUAAUUCUGAAGAAUGUGAGCAGCAUCGAUAUCGGGACAUACAAGUGUGGAGUUAAAGCAGAUGGUCCAAGACGUAAAAAGAGAGACAGUGACCCAAUCCGAACCAUCAGGACCAUCCGUCUGCAGGUUCCAGAGCCAGCAGGUCUGGACAGUGGAAACUCAAUGAAUGAUGUCCCUGAGGAUGGAAACUCCUCUCCUGUAGGUCGAUACGGUGGACUGGCAGCAGGUGUUCUGCUUCCUGUAGUUGUUGCAGUGGUUGGUGUCCUGAUGUAUAAAAGAAAUAAGAACAAGAGACCAGGACAACCUGCUGCUGAUGUUGAGGCAGGACACUGUUUAGCUCCUCUAAAAACUGAGGAGAACUGAGAUCAUGUGCAGAUCUGGUGUUGGCUCUGUUUCUCCCCUCUGUGAA